AUGCUUAAUAACAUGUUGCACGAGACAGUCUUGGAGCUGCCCGAAAUCGCAGACAAUUUGCUUAUUAAAGAAAUCUCGGAAAUAAGCGAAGACCAGUCGAUUUGCAGCGACAUAGAAAAUGAAAUAUAUGCGCUAGUGCACUUUGGGAGCUCAAAGAGCCACACGAUAACGCACCUCAAGAAGCUGCAGCCCGUAGAAAGCAGCAGAUACUUCCAGUGCACAACUGUCUGCUACAGAUGCAACCAAACAGGCCACAUGGCAAGAGACUGCGUAAAGUCUCCCCAGACGUGUUUCCUGUGCAACAAAACAGACCACAAAAAAUCAAAUUGUCCAAAAUACAUUUGCAGAAAGUGCAAGCGCAUGGGCCACAACGAAACAGCGUGUAACUCUGCGCAGCAGAAGAGGGUAGAAUGCUCCCACUGCUACAGCAGAAGCCACCAGGUAAAUGUUUGCCCUAUGAGCACGCAGUCUCAAAAAAGCACAGAAAUAAAACUUUGCAAUGGCUGCGGAUCAAAGAAGCAUUUUUUAUCAGAGUGUCCAAAUGUACAGCAGAAAAGACUUUCGCAGCCCAGCAACAAAUCCAGCGCCAAGAAAGUAGCACUAAAAACAGAAAAAACAGAAAGUUUGGAGACAAAAGAGCCCUCCAGAGACUCUAAAAAAACAAAAGAAAAGAAAAACAAAAAAGAAGAGCCAAGCAGAAGAGAAAAGGAAAAAGAAGAAGACGCUCCUAAAAAAGGAAAAAAGAAGAACACCAAGAAGUAA